UCGAACUCGGGCCGCACGCAUGCCAGGCGAGCGCGCUACCGCUUGAGCCACAUCCCCAGCCCAAUGGGAAGGUUUAAACACAAAUGAGACUUCUCCCAUCUCCAGGCAGGAAGCUGAGAAAUUGCAUUUGGAUGAUCCUUUUUACCUUAAGUUUGUGGUGAUAUGCAUCUUAUUUUCCCUGAAACAGUGCACCCAUGUGGUCAGCUCUUGCCAAGAAAUUGUAUCCAUACAUCCCCAUGGGAGAGAAACAAAGGUUUUGAAUCAUUUAUAAGUGCUACAUCUCAGACCUUGUUUGCUAGGUAACAACAGAGAUGACAUUUCAGAAUAGCAUCUAGGAAGAUGUGUGAAGAGGUAUCUGUCACUGACUAUUUAAGGAAGAUGUUAUGCCCCACUAAAUGGGUAGUUUUGCUGGGGAGAAAAUUAAGAAGGGGAAUCAGCUCAGGUGCACUGACAACUAAGAGGAUCAUCUAAAGCCCUCUUAUUUAUUUUUUGCUGGGACAGCACCCUCACUUGAGUUUCCUUCUCCGUCUCCUCAGUUCUCCUUCCUGAUGACCGAGGCACUAUUGGUGUUCUCUCCUGAGAGUUCGUUGCUGCGCUCCCUGUCACGGAAGGGCCGGGCACGCUGCCACUGGGUGCUGCAGCUGCUGGCUCUACUGUUUGCACUGCUGGGCCUUGGUCUUGUCAUCCUCCACAAAGAGCAGCUUGGCAAAGCCCACUUGGCUACACGGCACGGACAGGCAGGACUGCUAGCCGUGCUAUGGGCAGGGCUGCAGUGCUCAGGUGGGGUGGGGCUGCUUUACCCCAAGCUGCUGCCCCGAUGGCCCCUGGCAAAGCUCAAGCUAUACCAUGCCACUUCUGGGCUGGUGGGCUACCUGCUGGGUAGUACCAGCCUCUUGUUGGGCAUGUGCUCACUCUGGUUCACUGCCACUGUCACUGGUGGAGCCUGGUACCUGGCUGUGCUAUGCCCUGUCCUUACCAGCUUGGUCAUUAUGAAUCAGGUGAGCAAUGCCUACCUAUAUCGCAAGAGGAUCCAACCAUGAACUCUUCCUAGCCAAGGGAAGCCUGGAUUUGCCUCUCAGCAUUCUGGGGCUGGGGACCUCCUGAACUCUUUAAGCUGAUUGGGUCAGGGGAUACUUCAGGCACUGGAGCAGUAGGAGACCCAUAUGUGACAUUUUUGCUCUUCGUGCUAGAGUGCCUCCUCUGUCCUUCUCCUUUUGCUGCAUCCCAGAGGAGCAUAUGGAUCAUGUGUCUGGAUGAAGCUGGGAUUGCAAGACUGCCUCCACAACAAUGCAGCUUAUAAUUGUACUGGUUUAAUUACUGGAGAGAAAAAAGUGAAUAAAAAUGACUGAAAAGACUGA